AUGAAGCUAAAGUUAAAAAGUACUUUGGAAAUCAGCCUCAACGUUAGAGACCCUCCCACGAAAAUAAGUAUUAUUCCAGAAGAAAUGGUUAAGCCAGAGUGGGGAUUACCUGAAGCUAAAUACCGGUUUGUCACAAGGUCAGAACUGGAUGGCUUACCACACAAUCAUUGCUGUGAUGUUAUUGGUCUCGUGACGUUUGUAGGAAGGGCUGAGCGAGCAAGAAAGAGAGAACACGGUGAAGACUUCUGGCUCUAUCGGUGGGCACAUGCCAUGGAUGGGACCUCAGACCAACCAUUCAUACUGGAAUUAUUUGCAACUUCUCAGCCAGAUGUGUUUGAACGUAUUCACCCAAUGACAUAUUUGGUGUGUACACAGAUGAGAGUGGUACGGGACCUCACUGACAAUCCUUCCAGCACCAUUUACCUUACAACUUCAAAUGAAAGUCAAAUAUUCAUUACAGGAUGGCACAAGGGCCAGCCGUACACCAAGGAUAUCAAAGUGAAAAACUUCAUUCAGUGGACUAAAACACAAAGCGAAGCUGAUCAAAUGAAGAAAACUGUCAUUGGUGGCUAUUACCCUUUUCCACGACCUCCAAAUAACUUCCUGAAAUACUGUAAAAACAAUAAAGUUGAGUCGGUUUUGAACCUUGGGAAAGAGCUUGAAGACUUGCACUACAGAGAACACAAGCGCAUUGCUGUUCAGGGAAUAAUCAGUGCCAUAAGGUACAUCAGCUAUAGGAGUGCAGCUGAAGAAGCCUCGGGAGUGGAACUUGUUCAGAAAAAUACUUCUCAGUCUGUUGAAAGUUCUCCUAUGUCCAAAGAAGACUGUGUUCACAUGGGGAAAAACACCACCCUUCAGAAUAAAGAAGUGAAGUCUUUUCUGGAGCCACAUUGCACUCCUGGGGAACAACAUCAGCACCAAGCUCCCGGGUCAAAAAAGAGUUCAGUCAAGAGGAAGAUACCACACAGAUUAAAUACAAGCGCAAAACAGGGGAGUGCAUCUGUUAUUCCUGUAUCGUCUUACCCCUACUUCACACGGUCUGCAAGAAGAAAAUUAGGCUUGGAUGAAUUUCACCAUGAAGCUUUGGUGCAAGAUAAAAAUGAACAGGCUGUAUCAGACCGCUUACAGUUCUGCACAGACCAAGAAGGAAUGAGUGAUAGGCCAGAAACUGAAGAGACUGGAAGAACUUGUGAUUUCUGGCAGAGUGACCUGUGGGCACAAGUGAAAGACAAGUUAAUGAAAUACUUGCAUCACAGCGCAAUUUUCCCAGAAAGCAUCCCACAUAAAUUUGAUUAUGUGCACAAAAACUCACUUAUGCAACAGUACAACCUUCAUGCAGCGGUGCACCAGCCAAAAGAAACCAGAACAGAUAAAAACACCAAAGAGUUUAAAAACGCUAUCGGCCUCGGGCAUUAUGAGGUGACAAUUCUAGGUAUAAACCACGAUGUGGCAAUUGAUGUUGCAUUUCUCCCACUGUUUUGUCCUGAAGUUCCCCAUUUAUUUCAACUAGAAGACAUUCAAAACGAUGCAUUACUGUCUUCGAUGAGUUGUAUCACUGCACGCCAGCAAGCAGCCACCAGCAAUGAAAGGCCUCACGACAAGUUUCCACUUUCAAAUGACGUUGUAAAAGCAGCGACGGAACUGGACGGCAAACAUGUUGUCUGCAUCUUGGACAUCUGUCAUCUGGGUGGCGAUAAGGUGGAAGUCUUUCUGAGCAAAAUCUACAAGACAGUGGAACCUGGUGUAGUGGAUCCGGUCACUCGGGGGCUUGUGGGCAUUCCUAAAUCUGCAGACCUUCAAGCCUGCGAUGCAAACACCGAAUUCACCGUCACAGAACCACCCUGGAUAGCACUGAUGGAAAGAGGCAGUUGCACCUUUGCUGAAAAAAUUCAGGUGGCAGCCAGAAGGGGUGCAGCAGCCGCUGUCAUCUACAACACACCGGACAAAGGCGACACCACUGUCCUGAUGUCGCAUCUCG